AUUUUCUCCUCGUAUUUUCUCUCUCAUAUUCCUUUCCCCCAAACAGGUUUAUUAAAAAAAAUUCCAUUCUUUUUCUAAUAAAAAAUUAGAAAAAAUUAUAAAUCGACCUUUUUCUUCCUUUCUUCAACGGCCUGGUUUCUCUUCUCUUUGGCGAAAGAAAGGGAUUCUAGGGUUUUCUCCGAGCUUCUUCUCAGAGAGAGCUUUGACAAGGUUUGGAGUAAUGAGUUUGCUGCAUUGUUGAUAAUUUGUUUGGAAACAACUGAUAUGGGUUCGUUUGGGAAGAUGGCUUUGGUUAACGAACCUACGCUUGAAGCUGCUGCUGCAGUACAACAUUGCUGCUCUGAGUCAAUGGGGAAACUUGUCUCUGAGCAACGGGAUUGUGUUGUGAUUAAUUCUAAUGGGGAUUGUGCUGGUGAGUCGGGUAAAGAUGAAAACACUGGUUGCAUAAAGUCUGGAGAUAUUGAUUACCUAGUUGGAAUAAAGGGUGAGGUCCAAAUUGUGGGUUCGGGUAUGAUGGAAUUGAUGGGUGGUGAAUGGCGUGCAAACUCAGUUGGUUUGAAGAAAAAUUGGGGUGAAAAAGCUGAUGCUACUUGUGCUAAAGAAUUGACGAGUGAUAUGUUCGGUGAUGGUGUGGUUUGUGUGGAAAAUAAUCAGGGUGAACUUAUGGAUGAUUCUGGUUUGAAGAAAUUGAUGAGCAAUAAAAAUGAUGAUAUUGUGGUUUGUUUAGAAGAUCAGGGUGAAAGUGUGAAUGAUUCUGAUUUCUCAAUUGGAAAUCAAAGUGAGAAAGUGGAUGAUUCUUUUCCAAAGGAGUUGAGGGUUGAUACAUAUGGUGAUAAUACAGUUUGUUCUAAUGGAAAUCAGAGUGAGAAUUUAGAUGGUUCUGUCUUGAACAAAUUAAUUGGUGAUACUGUGGUUUGCUUAAAUGAUAAGCAGGGUGCAAGUCUUAAUCAUUCUGUGCCAAUGGAAUUAAUGGGUCAUUCUGAUAGUAAGGGUUAUUCGAAUGAAAUUCAGUGUGAAAAUGUAGAUUCUAGUUCAAAUGAACGGAAGGGUGAUAGGGUAUGUGAUCAUGGGCUCUAUUUGAAUGAAAAUCAGGGAAACAUUGAUGUUCAUGAUUCAAAAACUGAUAUGUGCAGCAAGAUAUGGACUUCAGCUUGUGCUGAGACAAUUUCCAACUUACAACAAACUGGUGUAUCAUUAGGUAGCUGUGACUGGCAUAACCAGAAAGAUCUGAGUAGCAGUGAUAUCUCAUUGGAGAGUUCUACUAUACCUAUGGAAACUAGAAGUACUGAUGAUUUAUGUAUUGAGUUGUUGGCUUCACGGAUAUCAUUGCACACACAGCAGAAUGAAAAUACUGAUUGUAAGAAUGUUAGUAGUCCAUCAGGAGAUGGUGUUGCAGAGGUUUCUGAGGGGGCUAAUGUUCUUCCGGGUACAAAGGUUGAGAUAUCCAGUGAAAUAAGAAAUGCUAAAGGAAAGGCCUGCAACUUGAACAGGGAUUCAUUUGAGCAAGGUGCAAACUGUCUUUCUGAUAAAUCAAUUUCUUUGUCAUGUCAAGCCAUUGAUGUUGUUGAAAAUGGCUUGGCUGCGAGGUUGGAUGCACCAGAUCUUUUUAGGAAGGAGGCAUGUGCUGCAAUUAGUUCUAGCAGUUCAAUUGACUGUUCUGGACAGAGAGAGAAUGAAAGAAAGGAUACUGUCAAGGUUGAUUGUGUUUCAGAAACUAAAAAGUGUCCAAUCACAUCUUCCUCUUCUCGAAGGAGCAGACAGAAAAGUAAAUCGAGCAGAAAGGCUCCUGCGAAAAGGGGUUCUAGGAACUGUAGUAGCACAAAUCUGCAAUUUCCACUUGAAAGUAUUGAAUUCCUUUCCAAAGCUUCAAGAAGGAAGAGAAGCUGUUCAUCAAAACCAGCUCGUUCUUCCAUUUGGGGAUUGUUGAAUAAUAUCACAAAAUUUAUUGAGCCAAGUCCUGAUCUUUUGUGUAAUGGAAUGCAGAAUCAAGAACCUCCCAAAGAUAAGGGUAUUCGAAAACAAAGAAAAAACCGAGCUGGUCAAAACAGAAAAGAACCAAGUGGGCUAAAUAACACUUUAACCAGUUGCCUACGUCUGAAGAUUAAAGUGGGCAAGGAUGUUGCUCCAAGUAAUCUGAAUACUUUGGUUGCAGAAGUGGUUGAUCCAUCGCUUUCUGUUGGUACUUUUAGUAAGUAUGGGAAGGAAAAUGUUGUUGAUGAUAAAGCAGGAGAUCUCGGUAGUGAAAUUCUGUUUCAUUCCAAGGAAGACCAAGAAAUGGUGAAAACAUGCUCAGAUGCUUUUGUUACUGAAGAAAAACUAGCAAACAAAGUUGUAGGGAGUGCUGAAAAACUUGAGAAGAUUGCUGAAUAUGCUGCAGAUAAUUCCCUUGUAAGUCAGCCUGAUGCAGGGGGUGAAGCAUCUAUAGAAGCAAUAGAGAACAAGUGCAUGGAUCCUGGAACUUCACCAGAUUCAGAAGUAAUCAAUACAAUUCCUGAUACACAAAUUGGUUUAAUACGCCAAGAAGAGUCAGAUGAUAUGCUUUUGAAUACUACUGGAGCUCUUGCUUCUCUUGGAGGUGUUAAGGCUAGUAAGGGUAGCAAGAGAGGAAAGAAAAAGGAUAAUCAUAAAUCUCCUGGUGCAGCCAGCAUUAGGAGAGCUAAAUCAUCAAAGAGUCACCGAGGCAGGCAAAAAACAGUAGAUAAUGGAAUUGUCUCCUGCGAGGCUCUUACUAUAUCCCCUGCUGCAGAUGCUUCAAGAGAGAAUGGGCUUGGAAUUUCCAAAGAGGCUAUAGGAAGUAUGGAUAAAGCUUGUUUCAGUCCUGAUGUUCCAGACGCAAAGAGCACUAAGCCUAUCUCUUCUUCUAAUCACAAGUGUAAUCAACUUUCCAAAAGUUCAAAAUCUCAGGUAGUGAGCAAGGGGAAGCUCAGAAUCUCUGAUUCUGCAAGGAACACGAAAGGAAGUGCUUCUAAUCGGAGAGGAGAUGAGUCAAAGACAGUUAGUAAGAGCAAAGUAAAGGAGAAAUGUUCCGAUGAAGGGAUUGUAGCCAGAGGAGGAAAGAGCGCAGUAACAGUUGGUGCUGCAGGAAAUCAUAUUUCAGAUGAUAAUGAGGACUCAAAUACUGGCAACAAUAUUGUACCUGCAGACAUGGUUAAUGGUGACUUGGUACCAGAUGGCAUCAUGCAGCAGCAUACACAGCCUGAUAAUGCUUGGGUGCGUUGCGAUGAUUGCCAUAAAUGGCGUCGAAUACCAGUUUCACUUGUAAAGUCAAUUGAUGAGGCAUAUCGUUGGGUCUGUGGCUACAACGUGGAUAAAGCAUUUGCUGAUUGCUCAAUCCCACAAGAGAAGUCCAAUGCAGAUAUUAAUGCUGAGUUGGGCAUAUCAGAUGCUGAGGAAGAUGGUUGUGAUGGUUUCAAUCAUAAGGAAUUGGAAAAGGGAAUUGAUAAUAAACGUAUGACAGCAUCUGCACCUUCACAUUUUUGGCGUAUUAAUAGUAACCAAUUUUUGCACCGUGGCCGAAAAACACAAACCAUUGAUGAGAUAAUGGUUUGCCAGUGCAAAAGACCUCCAGACGGGAAGUUUGGUUGUGGGGAUGAAUGCCUAAAUCGGAUGCUGAAUAUUGAAUGUGUCAAAGGCACCUGUCCUUGCGGGGACCUCUGUUCAAAUCAACAGUUCCAGAAGCGAAAAUAUGCAAAAAUAAAGUGGGACAGAUUUGGUAAGAAGGGUUUUGGAUUGAGGAUGCUAGAGAAUAUAUCUGCUGGUCAUUUCCUUAUUGAAUACGUUGGAGAGGUGCUUGAUAUGCAAACUUAUGAGGCUCGGCAGCAGGAGUAUGCUUCUAGGGGUCAAAGGCAUUUCUAUUUCAUGACAUUGAAUGGCAGUGAGGUAAUAGACGCAUAUGUCAAAGGAAAUUUGGGGCGCUUCAUCAACCAUAGCUGUGAUCCCAAUUGUCGUACCGAAAAGUGGAUGGUGAACGGUGAAAUUUGUAUUGGACUAUUCGCUUUGAGAGAUAUAAAGAAGGGGGAAGAGGUUACAUUUGACUACAACUAUGUGAGGGUUUUUGGAGCUGCUGCAAAAAAAUGUCAUUGUGGUUCUCCUCAUUGUCGGGGUUACAUAGGCUGUGAUCCACUUAGUGCUGAAGUAAUUGUUCAUGAUGAUUCAUAUGAAGAAUCUCCCGAACCUAUGAUGUUUGAAGAUGGUGAAACCUGGACUGGUUCUAAAGAAGUUAUAUCUAGAUCGAAUUCCUUUGAUGAUGCAGCAAUGCAAUCCGUAGAGAGUGUAAUAACUGAUGGUGUAGGAAAGUUCAAGAAUGUGAAAGAAGCCAAGGACUCCGUGAGCCAUUCUGCUUCUGCCACAUCUGAAUUGAACAGUUCAGUUCAAACUGAGAAAAUCCAUUUAGCCAUUCCACCAGAAGAAGCCUUGCCUGUGGCAGUUCCUAGUGAAGCUGUUCAGGCAGAUUGCACCGAGGAACAGAAGGCUAUCAACAUCUCUUGUUCCAUUCAGAAAUUAGAUGCUUCCCUAAAUAUAUCAGAUAACAAAUUAUCUUCUGAUAUUAUUGAUGCUAAUAAGAAGUCCAAGUCUGAUACACCAGAAGGCAAAAAGGUUCCUGCAAAAUCACGCACCCUGAUGAAGACAUCUCGUUCAUCCGGUUCCUCUAAGAAGGGGAAAAUUAGUAGUAAUUCUCUGCAUGGAAAUAGGAUUCAGAUAACAUCCAACAAAUCUCAAGUGCCAACUGUCAAGCCCAGAAAAUUCUCAGAAAAUUCAAGUACUGGCCGUUUUGAAGCAGUGGAAGAGAAACUUAAUGAGUUGCUGGAUUCUGAAGGGGGAAUAACAAAACGAAAGGAUGCAUCUAAAGGCUACUUGAAGCUUCUACUUCUCACAGCUACUUCUGGUGAUGGUGGCAGUGGGGAAGCAAUUCAAAGCAAUCGAGAGCUUUCAAUGAUUCUUGAUGCACUUUUGAAAACAAAAUCAGGACAUGUGCUAACUGACAUAAUUAACAAGAAUGGUUUGCAGAUGCUACAUAACAUAUUGAAGAAAUAUAGAAGGGACUUCAAAAAGAUUCCGAUUCUUCGGAAGCUUCUAAAGGUUUUAGAGUAUUUGGCAGGGCGGGGAAUACUUACACAGGACCAUAUUAAUGGAGGUCCUUAUUGCGCUGGAAGGGAGAGCUUUAGGGAUUCGAUACUGUCAUUCACAGAGCAUGAUGACAAACAGGUCCAUCAAAUAGCCCGGAAUUUUCGAGAUAAGUGGAUUCGAAAACCCGUCAGAAAACAUGACUACAGGGACAAGGAUGAGGGCAGGAUGGAGUUUCACAGGGUUUCAGCAUCUCACAAUCAUUGGCGUGAUCAGGCCAUACGAUCUUCUGAAGCUAUUAAUUGUGUCGCACAAUCUGUGGCUGGAACAACAUCAACAGAUACUUCCACCAGGGAGGGCGGUUCCUCAUCAUCAGCUGGUGUUUCCCAAGCCAAUGGUGCCAGAAUUCGGAAGCGUAAAAGCCGUUGGGAUCAGCCAGCGGAUCCAGAGAAAAUUGAUUCAUGGUCACCAAAGAAACUUGAAUGUAGCACGUUAUCCCCUUUAGGUCAAGCAACAUCAGAUCAUACAGAGAGGAUGAACAGUGGAGAUAACAAAUGCUAUGUAAACUUUUGCAAAGGUGAAGCUACUAAUAUUGAUAAUGGGAAUCAAAGUUUUCAGCAGGAUGCUCCACCAGGGUUCUCCUCUCCUCUUAAUACAUCUUUGAUUUCACCUGCUGCUCCAUCAACUGCUACAGGUUUCCCUCAACCAAAAGUUUGUCCGUCGAAGUUUCCUGAUGUGGUUAUUGCUCAUCCACAGAAGAGAUUCAUUUCCCGUUUGCCGGUUUCAUAUGGAAUACCACUCCCCUUUCUGCAGCAAGAUAAAAGUCUAGAAACUUGGAGGAUAGCCCCUGGCAUGCCUUUCCACCCAUUUCCGCCUUUGCCUCCAUGUCCCCCUGAUGAGAAAGACACUCAACCUUCUUCUGCUGCUAACUCCAUCGGAAUGAGUGCUGACAUAAAAGAAGGGCAACAGGACAGUCGUCGACCUGUCACUAGUUAUCCUGAUGAAAGCAUUCCAGGCACAACUGGUGGAAACCACCCAGAGUCUGAUAUUUCAGGUACUAACAUCCAACAGACAUUCAAAAGAACAAGAGAAACCUCCUAUGAUUUGGGUAAGUACUUCAGACAACAGAAAAGAAAAGGACCACCGUGGGAUAAAUCCGAAAUCACGGGAAACAACCAUAUAGGUGAGACAGGCUGCUGCAUAGAUGUAGAACAAGAGCCCAUAAAUUCAUGUUAUUCAGAUGAUAUAAACCAGUAGAGUUGAAGGCGCAAUGAUUUUUGUCUCUAAUCAUUGCCCACCCAAAUCAACAUUGAUUUAUAGAAAAAAUUUCUGAUAACUGAUUUUUUUCCACUUUAUUUCAUACAUUUGAUGUAUUUUCCCUCAAUUCUUUGUUUCCUGGGUUUAAGUUCCAGUGGAAAUGUAACUUUAUUCGAUUA